AUGCUGAGGAAUGGGAGUGGAGGUGGUGUUGACUGCCUGGACAGUCUGGACAGCGAGGGUCUGGCGCUUGCACUGAAGCACUUCACGUCAUCGACACUAACCAUGCGAUUGACGGGAAUCACGCAAAUCAACAAUUAUAUCACCAUUUACUCGGAGCUGUGCCACUCGGACACCACCGGCGUGUUGGCGGCGAAGGCGGACUCAAUGGGUGUGGAACUGGCGAAGUGGGUGAUGGAGAAGCGGAUCAUUGAGCACGUGUUUGGCCCGAACUCGCACGUGGAAGUGAUAAAACAGAGCCAUAUUGUCCUCAACUUCGUGGCCUCACAGAUCACUGUAGAGCACAUUGACGUGAUUUGGUCGGCCUCUCAGAUGAAGCACUGCGGCCGUCAAGUGUUGGACAUAUUGUUGCCAUUGAUUAAGAACUUGAAGUUGAAGUCAGUUCUGCACUUGUAUUGGCUGCUCAAGAAUCUGGAGCCCAAGGAGCACACGGAACAGACAUUGGUGUUGGCCUCACAGCUCUUGAAGUACAUAUGGAGUCAAGCGAACAGUUCGGCCGGUGAUAUGAUGGCCACAGUUGGCGGUCAGGCGUGCGUGCAAUCCGUGAAGUUGAUGGACGACCUGACACUAGUGCGGAGUCCCAUCUUCACGAUGCUUCCCUCGAGUCAAAAGAGUCGACACAACGCCGGCCCCGACUCGAGCUCUUCCAGCGGUUCGGUCGACAACUCGGACGACGACGAGGACGACGACGACUAUGACGUGGAUGUGACCCAAACCAUAGCCACACCCCCUGUCUUCAGACAAAAGGCCAAACGGUUGUGUAAUUCGAGUAAUAAUAACAGUAAUAACGACGAGAGCUCUGAAGGCACGUCUGAGUCAGAAGACGACGAGAUUAUUAUCCCUGACUUGAGUGAGGAGAACAUGUCGGGCGCGGGCGGGCGUCUCCAUCAGGCACUGGUCGGCAAUUACAGCAACUCUUCGUCCAGCGAUUUGGUGCCAAUGGCUGUGCGCGACGUCGUGGCAGCCAUUCAUAGAGAUAAUAGUUUUAAUAAUAGUCAACAAAACAGUAUUGAAGACAAUCAGAAGAACAGCGAUAUCUCUAAAAACACUUCAUUCCUGAAUCUUACGUUUUCAGAUCGCAUUCAAUUCAAACUCAAAAGUGAACAACAGUUGGAUUUAGUGAAGCAAUCCGUACAGAGUGAAGGUAAAGAUGUGUCGCCCGCUAUUACACCCGACCCUCACGACCCCUGCCCUGAAGGUGCUCCCGGAGCUCCCGUUGCCAUUCAGUCAGAAUUACAGACACCAGACGUGAUGGAAAAGUUGGUUAAACUGACUGAAGGUCUCAAUAGUAAGAACGAUGAGCUGAGUGACAACUCGAGGCCCAGCAGUAGAAACAGUCGAUUAAGUGAUAAAAAUAUGGCCGACUUUGAAGGCGAGGACUCCGACAUUGAUCUGACAAAAAUUGACGUGACAGGCGAUGACUGUGCGGAUCAUUAUUUCGAUGAUCUGGACAGCAGUGGUGGCAAUAAGUCUCCCUCUGCUUCUGCAAAGUUAGCGACAAUCGCUCAGCAAAUAGUGAAACAACAGCUGAAGUUAGGCGACAACAACACCGAUACGAGUGAGUCGACUGAUAAAAGCGGCAAAACUAACUGCGACGCCGAAGAUCAGGAUUUGGUGGACCUGUCCAUCGAGAAUGUCUGCAAACCCGGCCGAACACUACUCUGGGAUUUACUUCAAGACGAUAUGAUACAGCAGUUGCCGGAAGGGCUGUCCCACGAGACGGAGAGGAUCUUCUGGAACACGGUUUGCUGGUCCAGCGAUCGGCGCAUUCGCAUGAAGUUCAUCGACGGAUGUUUAGACAAUUUGGCCAAAAAUUAUUCAGUGAACACGUCGUUACGUUUGUUACCGAAGUUUUUGUUGUCUUUCCAGCAGUACAGGGGAGGGAUGGACACCCACCAGAUCCUGCUUUGGGCCGACAAAGAGCGCCAUAUGUUGCGCCACUUCUUCACUAAUUUGUGUAUUUAUUGUAAAAGCAAAUUGAAAUCAAAACCCCAGCCAUUGACUCAUAACUCAAGUGAUUUGUCAAACAAAUCGGACACAAGUAUUAACUGCGGUGUCAUUAGUGAUAUGUAUUCACAUUUGGAUGAAAUCCAGACUCGCCUUAAUUUCUUAACCUUUGUCUUCUCGAGCGCCGGCUCUCCCGAUAAUUUCAACUUAACUCACGAACAGAUAGACAUUCUGUGGUCAACACUGGCCACCGAUCCCGAGUCAGCCGAUGAGCUCUUCAAUUGGCUUCUCAGUCAAGUGCGGUGCCGAGACAAUCAUGGCUUGGGUAUCGAUAUGUUGCAUCACAUACUCAUCGAAAAGCUGCCACAACUACCACCGGAACAGUUCUCAAUGAUGGCGUUGGAACUGUUGCAGACUCUGUCGGGUUGUCUUCUCACACAACUCAACAAUAAAACCAACGAAUCGCUCGACUCGACGGCAACCAAACAGUUAUGGGAUAUUGCCCUCCGAUGCUGUAAUACCGACGUCUCGAUGACUGCUAUUAGACAUCUCAACCAUUACUACAUCAAUCUUCAGCCCCACAGCACACGACUGGCCAAAGAGGAGGAGUUUAUAAAACAAUGUAUGGAUUAUAUGGAGACGGCGUCCAAACAUCUCACUGAGAACGAGGAGAAGAGUUUGACUAUUAUUCAAAGGGCUGUGGUUUUAGUGAAAACACAUUUAGAAGGCUUCAGAAGUCGGUACGCCUAUAAUUUUAGGCGCUGGCAGUUGAACGGCGACACAGAACUGGUCAGUCAUAAGGGCAAAGAGAGGACCGGCUGUUUACUGAGAAUCAGUUGCCAACCGGCGUCUCUGCCCGACCGCACCAUCUUUGAGAUGCAGAGCACUGACUACGUGGGCGAACUUAGGGCUGAAGUGCAGCAUUGGUGGGAGUCUUUGAUUCAGAAAUAUGAGGAUAUGAUCGACAAAAGGCCGCCAUUUUCUAAUUUCAAUGCCGCGAGUAUUAGCGACGGUCCGCUUAGGCUCUUAACACAGGGACAAGAAAUAACGCACGACUUCGAUGAGAAACAAUUGGCUGAAGUAGGCUUCAAAGACAUGCAGAUAGUGUUCGUGUCGGUGGGAAUGGCCCGCAGUUUUCGCAAAUUCCGCGACCACUCGGAACCGGCCUCUACUCUGCCGCCGCCCCCUAAAGACCGCAUACCAUCGAUACUAUUACUUCAGCCCCAGAACUUUGAGAAGUUGUUUACUUUGAUGCAACAGUUGGGCGCUCACAAGACCGCCAUUCAUAUCAAAGCACAGGUGUUGUCGCGUCGGGUCUGGGAAAUCAUUCAAAUGCUUCCCACGUCUCCCAACCUCUUGGAGUGCUUUCAAACCAUUAGUGUGAGCGCCGCUGUAUUGUCCGACUCGGGCAACGACAGUGUGUCCAACACGGAGAACACUACCACCCCUUCCACAUCACACAAACCCAUCUCAGAUCUGUUCAAUAAGCUCCUGUCGCCGUCGAGUCCCCAGAAGCUGAUGUACUCGUGUCAGAUCGUCGAGUGUUUGCGUCGCAACUCCAAGAUAUGGACGCAACAGUUCAUCGAUUGCGGAGGUCUUCAGCAUUUGUUCGACAUAUUCGUGUCGGGAGUGUUGCAGUCGGGCGAUGGGGCGGGCGAUGCCUGGAAUGAGUGGAAACAGGACUGCUUGGCCUCACUUCUUCAGCUCAUAUACCAGUUUGGAGUCAAUCCGAUUCCAUCCAAAUGUGAUAUUAAAAGUAGUGAUAAAAACGAUGAAAACGACAAGUCAUCUGCCGGUGCGUUAGAUCACAUGUCAUCGCCAUCUGUUCCGUCGACUUCGAUGAUAAUCACAGAAAUGGUUCGCAAAGCCAAACGCUCUCGAAAAGGAUCGACAGAUAAGCUAUUAGUGCCUCAACUCAACUCAAAACUCUUACAUAUGAUUCGUGACGUCGACUCAAUGCUAAAGGUUUUGCUCACAAUUUUGAAUGAGGCGACCACUAAGGGCUCGGAUGUGGUCCAGACUUAUCACACGGGCUUCUGGGGUCGAGCGCAGGUCGUUCACCACACGAUGACGUUUCUAAUCUCUUGGGCUUUCAGUGAUCCACAAAUCCGUGGUUCUCUAUACCAGACGGAGAACUUGGAUCAGUUACUCAAGAAGUUAGUGCUCGACGACCCCGACCCGGCCAUACGGCGCGAGGCCUGCACCGGCUUCUAUCGGCUGUGUCUGGGCUUCACAGCAGACGGCAAUACGGGACACAUAUUUAUACCACAACUGUUGAACUCAUUGUUAAGUUUCCUGAAAGUGGCCCAAAAUAUGAGAGCACCUAAACUGUACGACUCGGACGACAUAUUCAUUCCCGACAAAGAGCCGUAUGGGCCGGGAUGUAAGGACUACUUCUGGUUGGUUUGCCGUCUCGUCGACUCAUUAGACAAACAAAAGAUGGUCGACAGUGUCAGUGCUGGUGAUGGCAACAGACCUGAAGUGGAUUUGGAAGUGUUGUGCACUUAUAUCGCCGAAGCGAUAGUUGUCCGCGAGAUUCGUGAGACCAGACAUAACACCGUUGAAGACGAGGGCCUUAGAGGUCUGAUUGCACUCUUAACGGUAACCCUUAAACACAACCCUUCGUUCAAGUAUUCAAAAGAAGGCCGAAAAUUUGUGACCGAAGUGUUUGACUGUCUGUUUGCACUUCCGAACCAAAUUGAGAAACAUUUACCCAAAUGUAAGUCUCCGUCCACUCGAUCGGCAGCCUUUGAUCUGUUGGUAGAGCUGGUGAAGGGCUCGGAGGAUAACUAUGACGUACUCGUCAACCUUAUGAUGGAUCAGCACAAUCCCGAGUUGUCCGGUCGUAUGUCUCCCUAUCCCUGGGACUACUGGCCCCACGAUGACUGUCGUUCCGACGCUGGAUAUGUUGGGCUAACAAACUUGGGUGCGACCUGUUAUAUGGCAUCAUGUAUGCAACACUUAUAUAUGAUACCUGAGGCGCGGUAUAUCUUACUGUCCACGACGUUGGCCUCUGUUGUCAAACACGACGCCAUAUUAAAAGAGUUGCAGAAAAUGUUUGUGUUUUUGUUGGAAUCGGAGCGCAGGGCUUACAACCCGAAGAGUUUCUGCAAAGUGUAUACAAUGGAUCACCAGCCGCUCAACACCGGUGAACAGAAAGACAUGACUGAGUUCUUCACUGAUCUCAUUAGUAAACUCGAAGAAAUGACACCAGAGUUGAAGGAUUUAGUGAAACGUCUGUUCAGCGGUUCCCUCUCUAAUAACGUGGUGUCACUCGACUGCCCGCACAUCUCGCAGACCACCGAAGAGUUUUACACAUUGAGGUGUCAGGUGUCGGAUAUGAGGAAUUUAAACGAGUCGUUGGAUGAGAUCACUGUGAAAGACACUCUCGAAGGCGAUAAUAUGUACAACUGUUCCCGUUGUGGACGCAAAGUGAGGGCCGAGAAGAGGGCGUGUAUCAAGAAUUUGCCAAAAAUUCUGUGCUUUAAUACAAUGCGCUAUACAUUCAAUAUGGUGACGAUGACCAAGGAGAAGGUGAACACACACUUCUCGUUCCCCUAUCAGUUAGAUAUGGCUCCAUAUCUCGAGAAGAAUCUCAUUAAAACCAAAGGCAAAGACUCGGACGACAAGUCCGGUUCGGACGAGUCUAUGGCCACCGAUCAAGACUCGACCCCAGGAGGAGGACUAUCGGAACCUGAGACCAGCACUGAAUAUAUGCUGAUUGGCGUCACUGUUCACACGGGAACUGCUGAUGGCGGCCAUUAUUACUCAUUCGUCAGAGAACGAGAGUCUGUAAGCCCUGGAGCUCAGGAUAAGUGGUAUCUGUUUAACGACGCGGAAGUGAAGCCCUUCGAUAAGACACAGAUCGCAACCGAAUGUUUUGGCGGCGAAAUGACGAGUAAAACAUACGAUCAGGUGACGGAUAAGUUUAUGGACUUUUCGUUUGAGAAGACCAACUCUGCGUAUAUGUUAUUCUAUGAGCGCAUUGACAAAGAGUCGAGUGUUGAGAGUGUGGAGAGAGUGACGCCUACAGUGCAGUUGACGCCUGACUUGUCGGAGUGGAUCUGUGAGGACAACAUCUCAUUCUUGAGGGACAAGUCUAUCUUCGAACACACGUACUUCGACUUCAUGUGGCAGAUAUGCGGUUACAUUCCGCAGACUCUGCCCACCAACCAGUCAUCGCCUAAAGUGACUCUACAGUCGGCGCGAUUGGCCACCAGUUUUGUGUUGGAGACACUCAUUCACGCCAAAGAGAAGCCAACGAUUGCUAAUUGGAUCGAACUGUUGACCAAACAAUUCAAUUCCUCACAACAGGCCUGUGAGUGGCUUAUGGACCACUUGGCCGAAGACGACUGGUGGCCAAUACAGAUACUUCUGCGCUGUUCCAACCAAAUGGUGCGCCAACUGUUCCAACGCCUCUGCAUUCAUGUGAUCGUUCAGCUCAAGCCAUCACAAGCGCCUCUAUAUCUCCAGCCCCUCAACGAUGACAGCGACGACUCGAAUGACGUGGAAGUGCUCACACAUGUCGGCCGCUUCUCAUGUGUCACUCGUUUCAUACGAAAACUCCUGUCACUCAUAAGCAUCGAAAAUCUGAACGCAAAGCCACACCUCAAACAUCUGACCGAAUAUUUUGCCUUUUUGUGCGAAUUCGCAAAACAGGGCGACGAAGAGUGCAAAUUCCUGUUGGCCGUGGAGGCCAUCUCUACUGUCGUCUCCUUCUAUAUGGGACUCUGCGGUAAGAGUGCCAACGAUUACGUCGAAGUGCUCUCUGAAGACGAAGACGAGGAGGAAGAGGAUGACUCGAAUAGUCCGCAAAACAACGCUGGCUUCUCAGGCGCCCACCCCUACAACCAAAAGAUGACACAUCCGGUGGGGCCCGUCAUCGACGACAAGUUCCCAAAACCCGCCUCUUUGGACAAAAUGAUUACAUUAGUGGCACUACUCGUGGAGAAGUCCAGAGGCAAAGACAAUCGCCUUCGACUCUCUGAUCGAGACUACGAGUCGAUUGCCAGCGGAAAGUCGUUUCCAUUCCUUCAGCAACAGAUUCGGGACAACAUAAACCUGCGCCAGACGUGUAACCUGAUCUGCUCCCUGUGCCGCUGGAACGACCACUUCUCGCUCCUCAUCGUCAACAUGUUGUUUACGUCUAUCACUCGCAUUCCCGACUCGAGCGGUCCUUUCUUUAAGAUUCUGUCGAUGCUCGUAGAGAUCGGCAUAACCCCUGGUCUGCAGCCCUUUUCAAACCUAAUACUUCCUCGUAUUUGGGAGAUCGCCGAACAAACACCUCUACAGACACUGGAGUGGCUGACAGGACAGGUGCCCCGCAAUAAAGUAGCCAAUGCUUGGGUGCUCGGGCAGGUGGACUCAUGGAUCCUGUACUUCUUGGUCGCCCACUCCAACAUGAGAGUGCGUUCAAAUGCGGCACAACUACUCAUUUCAUUAGUUCCUAACAAUAGUUUUCGCCAAAACUAUCGGCCCUCCCGUCCCUUUCCAUACGCCGGUGUCAAAGAGUAUGACUUUAGCAGCGAAGCGGUUCUAAUCGUCGAUCAAAUAUACAAUAUUUUGCUUCAAUUACUAAAACGUAUCAAACAGUACGCCGACCCCCAAACACACGGCACCCAAAAGUUGACCUCAUAUUUCAUAGUAAUGUCGUAUUGUCUGAUAUCUCAACGCCAGAAACUACUACUCGUGCCAUACUUUAACGAUUUGUGGGAUCUGUUUCAACCCAAACUCAGCGAACCCGCCAUCGCUAUCCACCAGAACAAGCAGGCGCUGCUCAUGUACUGGUAUAUGGCGUGUCAGGACUGUCCCGAAAACGUCAAAUGCAUCGUCCAAUCGGCUCACGUCACCAAAAACAUUGCCUUUAAUUAUAUCUUAGCUGACCAUGAUGAUGCGUGGGCCUUCAAAAACAUCACACCCUAUAUAACGCAAUACCCGCUCGCCAUUCAGGAACUCCUAAAACUCAUGAAGAUUUUUGUGACCACACAUACCGACACCACUGAACAAGAGCUCCGGGAUAUAACGCACUUCAAGCGCAUAACAAUGCAAAUGUACUUGACUUCAGUGGACGCCCGCAGCUCAUGGCAGACACUAAUCAGCGCUCUUUCCAUACUGUGUGAGACCGAAGAGGACCGACUGUUUGUGUUGGCCAACAACGGUCUCAUGAGUCUGUUUCAGGCCUUCCACGCCAUGUAUCUCAUGUUCCACGAGGCGACCGCUUGUCAUAUCACCAACGAAUUGGUUGAGUUGCUUAAGAUUAUUGUCCAACUGUUGCACACUUUAGGCCAGAGUUGCGGUCAAUCGCCACUUCGGGACGUGAAGAACAAUUGGAGAGAUCAGGCGGAGGUUAUGCGCAAAAACAUACUUCUCGUCAAUUCCUACACUCCAUCCCCCGUUCGCAUCGCCUGUUUAGGAGUUUUGACUGAAAUGAUUAAAAUAUACGCCAAAGAUUUUUUACCACUUUUGGUGCAACUCUUGGGAUUACAGCACAUCAGUUGUGCUGAACAGAGCCAAUCAUGUAAGGGAACGGCUAUGAUCAUCGCGGGCCCAUAUUUUCCGCGUCGCGGACAACGAGUGAUGCUCACGAAGUCGAGUGUCAGACCCUCGCGACCCGUUUUCCAGAUGUGUUUCAAUCCAAAAAUGCUUGAAUGCGGGAAAGGUAUCGAUAAAGAUUACGACCGCGCGAUUGCCGACUACUUUGAACCCUACUAUCACUUCAUUGACUCCAUCGCUCGGACAGCAAUCCAGAACUCACUCGUGUCGAGUGAUUUGGUGGGCCUCUGUACGUUCUGCGGCUGCACUCGAAAGCCUUAACUUUAACUCAACUGUAUUUCCGAAGCUAUUCAUAGACCUAAUAAAUAUGGAUUCCGAUGAGUCCAAGAGUUUUGUGGAGAACUUGUGCUCGACUUCAUAUUUUAGGGAAUAUAUCUCAUUAGUGCUGACACAGGAGCGACAGUUUCUUAAUAAUGAGCUCACAUACGAAUUACUCAAACAAUAUUUGCCUAAAAUUCAAAAAAGUGUAAUAACUUUGGCACUCAUGACACAAGUGUUAACAUUAAUCAAAGCCUUUUGUCAGAUAUUUAACACUUUGGACAUUAAUAAACAAACGAUUCAACUGAAUGGGGAUUUGCGAGCAGUUUAUUUAGUAUUUAUGGUACAAAUUCAGAAUAAUUUGGGCGACGAUCUAUUGAAACAAUUUUGUGAAACACUUAAGAAAUUAAAGGAUAAAUGCAUUGAGAAGAGUAAAUGUGAAUCAGGAGAAACGCCCCAAAAGAGGCGAAAAACCAAAGACGACACGUCCGACUCUGAAGCGACUACUGGAACCACUUCUGGUGACACUCACAGUAAUCCGGACACCAGUGAUAGUAGCAGUGAUGGAGAGUCUGUAGGCGCCGCUGAGAGCGGUUGCGAGCGAUUGAUAUCAAC